CUCUCCUCCUUAUGGGCGUGGUUGAGGGCGUGGUGUUACGUCCGUUUAUGCAGAAUCUUUGUCCCGCCUCCCAGCAUGUAGCAAAGAAUGUCACAGCGAAAGAUCAGCUGAGGUGCGUCAUGGCGUGUGGUAAUGACCCAUACUGUUUAGGCGUCUGUUACCACCCUGAGGAACCCCACUGUCUCAUCUCGCACCACGACCGACACACCGUCCUGCCUGACUUAGUGAACGCCACAGCUACUCCAUGUACUGGUCAGAUUAUGCUCAGGGCUUCGCACGCUUCGGAUCAAAGGCAUACAAGUUACUCAGCACGUACUACCUAUACACCCCAGGACGUAAGGCAUGUGAGGACCUCAACUCCUCUAUGGCACUGCCCGAGAGUGACGUGGAGGUGAUGCACAUGAGUACUGUGUAUUACGGUUGGGUUAGAGUUCUGGCUGUUGAUCUUGAAGAGGAGGGUACCUGGCGCAACCCUGACACAGGGGAGUUGGUCGAGUACCUGCCCUGGAAUACCGGCGCUGCACCUAUUGCCACUGGUCAAAACUGUCUCAUUAUCUACUUGAGGGAUAAUAAUUGGGAUGAUUACUACUGUAACUCCUACGCCCAACAUGUGAUUUGUGAGGUACCUGCCCCCUAACUACCCACACCUGCCCUUACCUCACUUAGUGUUAGUGCGUUCUGAUCAAGAGGGAGAGACGAAGGGAAUAGGGGUGAGUGAUGAGCUUACGUAGUCAACAGAAAUGAACCACCACACCACCACCACCAUCACCAUGUUUUGUGUGUCUGGGUUCAAAGUUCAACACAAGUACAUCAACAUUCUAGUUCUUAAGUUUACACUCUAUAAUAAUAUUCACUGAACUCUUGAACUUAUUUAUGUAAUAUUUACGUUCAAGAGAUAUACAAUUAACACUUGUAUUUUACGUGUGACUUUCUUAAUUGAUCUGUUUAUAUAUUACAGAGAUUAACUGUUGAUGUAUCGAUGUUGUGUUGGUAAUGUGGUCCUCCAAGGGGGGGGUGUGUGUGUGUGUGUGUGUGUGUGUGUAUGUGUGUGUGUGUGUGUGUGUACCCUCUGUAUUGAUGGAGCACUAUGGAGGCCUGUU